AUGCCACCGUCCACCACAUGGGUGGAGAGCACGCUCCACCGCGCGCUGGCUUUGGUCUUGGUCUUCUACUCCCACGACGCCAUGGGUCAACUCUGGUCGCGCUUUCUCAUCGAGCUCGCCCUCGCCGUGGUGUUGCUGAUGCUCCAGACACAUUUGCCGCGAUAUCACUUCCUCGUCCGCUUCCUCAACCCUUUCAUGUCCUGCUUCCCACUGGUCAUCCCCGACGCCGGUCUCGCCCUGAUUCACAAACUCUUCAUCCUCGCCAACUUUGAGCUCGGGCGUCUCACCAGAACCUAUCCCCCUCGCGUCUGGACAUGGCCCGUCCUCUGCGUAGCCUCGUUGGCUCUGCAUCUCAUCAUCGCGCCAGUGGCAGAGGAAAUGCUGCUGCCCGCCCUGUCCAUACGUUCCUUGAAAUGUGCAAACUUUCUCGAUGUCGACAAGAACAACGGCGAGUUUCGGUUCAAUGACCGGGACGAACACCUGGCCAUGGCUCUUGACGUGGGCUAUCGUGCGCUGCAACGCAUUCCCAAAAUGGGCUUGGAAGCAGAUUUCUACAGCGCCGUGGACGCACUCGACACCAUCGCCCCUUCGUUGAAACAAACGGUCACCCUCCCGCAGGUUGUGAAGCAAGUCCUUGUCCUUGUGCCAAGUCCCAAACCGGAUACCUCCUCAUCCACCUUCCCUUUCAGCUUUCUGUCCAGCUCCUUGUCGGCCUCCAACAUCACCCCCGCGACUACCGUCGAGCCACGAAAUUACAGGCUGAUGAAGGAAUACGUUGGUCCCCACCAAGACCACAUCCUCGCCUUGGCCAAUUCAAUCUACACCGAAAUCAACAUCACUCGACCCAUCUAUAUGCAGUGGCUAUCACGUCAAGUCAACAUCCACGCGACCCUCUCUUCCCAAGAUUACCCCUCCCUCCACAAUGCCUUUUCCAAUUCCUGUGGAUUUCCCUGGCCGUGGCGCGAUACCGUCUUCUGGUCCAUCGUCAAACUGCGCUGCGUCCUCUUAUCCCCCACGACCAUCCGGUGGAUACAGCAAUACUACAAUGGCGCCCUCUGGUACGAAGCCAAGCGCACCGUUGGCUUUCAACCAUCGCCGAUCCCCUUCUGGCAUCUCCACACCCACGUCCUCCCCACAUUCGCCGGCGAGCUCCUCGAAUGGAAUGAUACCCUCGUUACCAAUCUACCCAAGAUUGCUCCGCCCAACAUUCCCCUGAAACCUCUCCCCAUCGAUGAGCAGGGCCUCCGCGACCUCGGCAUUACCCUCCAUCAAGCGACGAAGUACAAUCACGGGAUGAGGAACUACUUCAGCGCCCAUCUUGAGCCGGACGAACAACGCAAACUCCAAGGUGUAGAGGUCGAUAUUGCAACGGACCUCGCGUGCGUGAUUUCAGUGAUGGAGAACGCGAGGAUACCCUCCUCCCGCUGGAGUAAGGAUAUAUGGGAGGUCUUGAUCAAGGAGCGGGAAAAAGCGCAGAGUGCUGUGCUGAACAUGUGGCUUACGACCGUGGGUAGCGAUCCCCACAAGGAGCCGAAAGUGAACAAGGGCUCCGGGGUGGAAGCUGUUCUGGAGUGGAUCAAGAAGGUUGGGGACUUGUUGUUGUUGUUGGUGACAGAGUUGUUGUUGGUGGUGACAGAGCAGGAGAUUGCAUCUUGCGUGCUAAACGACACCUUCGCGUUCUCUUUCCGCUCGGGUCGUUCGACGAUUGAAGGGGUGGAUCGUUUCAUGCGGCCGAAUGCGGUUAUGGACAAUUCUCAAAUGAACCUUUUCCCAAAGAGCGACCCCGAAAUCGAUCAAUGA